GAAAACGACGAGCUACUGUCCCAGAUCAGCUAGACCAGAGGUCAGGGAUCAGAGAUCAGAGAUUGAAUCGCAUAAACUGGCAUCUCCCUCGCAGCUCGCAGAUCGACUAUCGCCACAUCGUGCAGCUUCGCCAGCCUGAUCCAAAGACUUGUCCUCGCGGAUUCGACGAAAUUGGCCUAGGUCCAAAGCCAUGUCUACUGUCCUGAGCGUCUCUUCGCCGGCGAUCGAUGAGGAGACUCAGAACGCUGGGGAGACGGUCUUCCGGAACCUUCUGAGGGAGAUUUUGCCUUUCCUCGAGGAACCUUCGGACCGUUUAAACUGUGCUCUCACAUGCCAAUACGGCUUCGCUUUGGCAGUCCCCGAGUUAUAUAAGAGCUCUACCAGCAGGACAAUUGAACGCGUGUGGGCUUCAGGCUGCGAUCUAGGUCGUUUCGUGAUAACGAUCUACUACCUGUUGUCCUCGGGCAUACGAAACGCGAAGUCGGGAUACUUUUGGAUAAGUGAAAGGGUCCGUGAAAACGGGCUGACUCUGGAGGUACAAACGGAGAAAGCAUGGACAGUAAAUGCGCCGUUGACGAUCAGAAAGGAUCGAGAUCCUCAUUCGUUGGACUUCGUAGAGCUCAACACCGGUGGCUCGCCCGUCGAAAACCAAUCGGCGAUCAUGAGGGACAUACUCGAAUGCAACGUCGCCCUACCUCUAUCAUCACCUUGGAAGAUUCUCCGUGCGGCGUUCUUACCUGGUCUCGAGAUGACACUACACGACCUGGAACGUCUCUUGGAGCAAUGCCCCAAUCUGGAGAGAUUAUCAUGCAGACUAAAUUGUCCUUCGAACAAUAUCGCUGGUUACAUGACCCAUUUGGAAAGUCUCUUCCAAGAAAGGGCGAUCGAUCUGAAUAGUGAGACGGCAGGAGCCGGUCUACUGGUCUUUGCUCGGCACCUAGCCGUCUGUCGCGAACUGCACUUGGCCGGGCCAUUGCAUUGGUCAACUUUUCGAGGCAUGGGGUUCGGUGGGAUGAUCACGAAACUGGGACCUGUGAAUGGUUGCAGCGUCUCUCAUACCUAUCUAGCCCCGAAGAUGCAAAUAGGAUGGAUGUACCACCUACAUGAAGUAGCGCAGACCAUCAGAAAUAUCAUCCCGUCCAGCUCGGUCGUCAAGAUCCGAACUCGGAAAGCUUCGGGAUCGACUCGCGACAUAAGCUACGAUGCAAUCUUUGCACAUAUGCUGCAAACGGUUCUGACUUCGCUCGAGCAAGAAGCAGUCGAACGGUAUGCGCUGCUGGCAACUCCUGGAUGGUCGAAAAGGGAAAACAUGGAAGACGAGUCUUUAGAGCGAGACGUAUAGAGGUGAUCUCAAGGUGGAAGACCAUGAAUGAGAAAACCAGCGAUAUUUGAUAUACGGAGAGGUGUGGCAAUUGUUGAGCAAUACUAUCAGCACCCUCAAAUCCUGCUUCAGCACAAAUAUCUUACUACGCAUUCGAUCAAGAACAACGAUCGAUAUAGCUUGUAACACCCAUAUGCCUCUCUGACGUAUCAACUCCUGGUUCGAAGUCCCGAAACGCUCUCGGGAUGAGACGCCACUAGCU